GUUCACUAUUUAAUCUCAUUCUCAUUCUCAUUCUCAAAUCUACAUCCGCCAAUACCAUACUUGUCCUCCAAUCUCACAACACCCGACAGCAAACCUUCAAACCAAAUUAGAACAGAUCCCAUCAAUAUGCCUGCAAGUCCGAGUAUCGACGACCUCAAAAUGCUCAUUGCAGUACUAGUACAAUGCGCUCCUGACAACAAACCCCUUCCAACACCAGAUCAUUUGAAAUUGGCAGAAUCCCUUGGCCUUCGUGACCGAUUAGUCUCUAAACAAAAAUGGUUUACACUCAUGAGGAAGUUCAGAGAGGGAGACUUUGGAGACAUGGGGGGUCUUGUUGCUCCGAAGGAGCCUAAUGAAGCUGCGGGAAGCAAGCGACUAGUAGUCGAGGUGCCGGUUGAGGGGUAUAUGGACAAGUCCGCGCCUUUUCCUACUAAGAAAGUCAAAGGUGGCCAGAAAGCGGGAAAUGGAAAGGGCAAGCAAAGCAAGGCUGUCAAGGAGGAGAGUGGUGAGGAUGAGGACUGAGAUCAAGCAGAAAAUGGGAACGACGGGGCUUGCAGGGGAGGAUGGAAUUGCAGUUACUUGGUAUGCUGCGGGAAAGUCUUAAUUGAGUGCGGAAUUGUCUACGAAUUAGAAUCAUGAGGAAUUGGAAGAAGAAAGCGGGAAUAGCACAUCAAUAUUGAACAUUCGAGUACGCACA